AUGUCGUGUCGCUCCUUCCAGCUGGGCUCCCGAUGUGGUGGUCGGAGCUUCAGCUCCUGCUCAGCUGUCCUCCCCCGGAUGGUCACCCACUAUGCCGUGAGCAAGGGGCCGUGCCGGUCCGGGGGUGGGGGGGCCCUCCGCGCCAUGGGCUGCCUGGGCUCCCGGAGCCUGUGCAAUGUGGGCUUCGGGAGGCCCCGGGUGGCCUCCAGGUGUGGCCUGCCCGGCUUUGGGUACCGAGUGGGGGCCCCCUGUGGGUCCUCGCCCUGCAUCGCCCCCGUCACCAUCAAUGAGAGCCUGCUGGUCCCACUCGAGCUGGAGAUCGACCCGGCUGUGCAAAGGGUGAAGAGGGACGAGAAGGAGCAAAUUAAGUGCCUGAACAACCGCUUUGCAUCCUUCAUCAACAAGGUGCGGUUCCUGGAGCAGAAGAACAAGCUGCUGGAGACCAAGUGGAACUUCAUGCAGCAGCAAAGGUGCUGUCAGAGCAACAUCGAGCCCAUCUUCCAGGCCUACAUCUCUGCCCUUCGGCGGCAGCUGGACUGUGUGGCAGGGGACCGGGCCAGGCUGGAGUCCGAGCUCUGCAGCCUCCAGGACGUGCUGGAAAGCUACAAGAAAAAGUAUGAAGAGGAGCUCUCCCUUCGGCCCUGUGCUGAGAAUGAGUUUGUUGCCUUGAAGAAGGAUGUGGACACAGCCUUCCUGAUGAAGGCUGACCUGGAGACCAACGCAGAGGCUCUGGUCCAGGAGAUCAACUUCCUGAAAGGCCUGUAUGAGGAGGAGAUCUGCCUGCUCCAGUCUCAGAUCUCUGAGACCUCCGUCAUUGUGAAGAUGGACAACAGCCGGGAGCUGGAUGUGGAUGGCAUCAUUGCUGAGAUCAAGGCCCAGUAUGACGACAUUGCCAGCCGCAGCAAAGCUGAAGCCGAGGCCUGGUACCAGAGCCGGUAUGAGGAGCUGCGGCUGACAGCUGGGAACCACUGUGACAACCUCCGCAACCGCAAGAACGAGAUCCUGGAAAUGAACAAGCUGAUUCAGCGGCUUCAGCAAGAAAUUGAGAACGUGAAAGCCCAGCGCUGCAAGCUGGAGGCUGCGGUGACCCAGGCGGAGCAGCAGGGCGAGGCGGCCCUCAGUGACGCCAAGUGCAAACUGGUAGGGCUGGAGGAGGCCCUGCAGAAGGCCAAGCAGGACAUGGCCUGCCUGCUCAAGGAGUACCAGGAGGUGAUGAACUCCAAGCUGGGCCUGGACAUCGAGAUCGCCACCUACAGGCGGCUGCUGGAGGGCGAGGAACACAGGUUGUGCGAAGGCAUCGGGCCCGUGAAUAUCUCCGUGAGCAGCUCCAAAGGCGCGGUCCUCUACGAGCCCUGUGUGGUCAGCACCCCCGUGCUGAGGACCGAGUACUGCCCGGGGGGCACCAGUGUCCUCAAGACCAACGGGGCCUGCAGCGUCGUGGGCACUGGUGAGGUCUAUGUCCCCUGCGAGCCCCAGGGGCUGCUGAGCUGUGUGAGCACGCGGAAUUCCUGCAUGAAGCUAGGGGCCGGGAGCAGCUCCUCCCACAAGUGUUAGCACAGUCCGGUCCCCGAGGCGGGAAGCCCAGGGACAGGGUGCCAGCACCCCUCCACCCCCAGCCUAGAUGUUGUCCCCCGACCAGAGCUGAAGACAAGGAUAUUCCCAAACCCCACCUUCCUGUAUUGACCAAAGCUUUCCCUCAGGUUUUUUGCUGAGAGGCGCCCCUCAGGCCUCUCCAUGGGUCACCUUUCACUUAGCCGUGUGCGGACCCCAAGCUAGGCCCUCGGUGGGGAACACAUCAAAGUUCCGCUCUGUGGAUUAUCCCCUGAAAGUUUUCCCACAAAGCCAGGAUCCCACUCCUAACCCCUGAAGUUCCCCACCUCCCUUACGUCUGGCUCUCAAAGCAUCUAAGAAAAAUGAACUUCUUUUAACAUCCGGCUAACACAUGCACUAUUGCAAUGAUCAAGAAGAGGUACCCCAAAAAUACUAUUCUGAUUUCCAAAGCCAAGGGCCAGCAUUUCAGAAUCACUCGAGAUCUGUUAAAGGUCCUCUUGAUUGGCACGCAGAAUCCAGAGGUGGUCUUUGGGAAGUAAUUCACCAGCUCGAGUGCUGAGCUCACACUAUGAAAAUACAUAUUUUUUCCUGAGCCCCAUUGACGGGGAAACGCCAAAACAAAGGCAAAGGGAUUUGGAAUACUUCCUGGAUGGAGAGACAAUCACAAGCUGAUAUCAUCUGCUCAAUGGAACCAAGCUCCUCCCCCACCCUCUGUACAUAGCCCUCCCCACCCCCUCCUCGCUCUGGUCCUGCUCCCCCUCCUUUUAGGUCCUCUUGCUUUGGAUCUGAUGUGAACAUGUUUUCCCAGCUACAGUGAUGUGGGGCUACCCCCAAACUGGGAGGCUUUGGCUCAGGGGUUGCAGGGAAAGAUGUGUGGUGCUGACCCAAUCUCCCCAGAGGCUCCUCAUGCAACCUCCUGAAGAAACACCCCACCCCACCCAGGGAGCCACCC